AUGGCGGUCCAAGGUGUUGCGUGGGGCAUAUCCGUCGCAGGAUGGAUCAUGUCACCUAUUAUCUCCAAGCUUCUAGACAAAGUCUUGUCCUACUGCAAAUUCGACAAAGAAGAGACGCUUCGCCAUUUGUUGACGGAUGUACUCCCUCGCCUGACACUUACUCUAGAAGCGGCGGAUGCCAUCAAUCACAGGCUAUUCUUAGGGUGGACCGUGAGGCGUCUCAAAUCUGCUUUCUAUGACAUUGAAGACAUCCUUGAUGAACUGGAGUAUAUUCGUCACCAAAAGAAGCUGGACAAACAGAAAAGGUCUCCAUCAAAGAGGACCAAAAUUGCUUCAUAUGCUGAAGCUGGCCCGUCAAACCAGGACAUUUGUAUUGAACCCGGUUUGACUCUCACGGGAGAUUUAAAUCGUCGUUUGAAAAAUCAUAUUGCGAAGAUAGAAGAACUCAUUGUUGCAGCACAGGGUAUUAUUGCACUGGCAAAGCCGCCAAGCAAGGGCGAAACUUCAACUGCCAGAAAUAUACAGACACACACUACUUCAACUCCAACAGAAAAGGUAACCGGUAGAGAUGAGGAUCGUGACCAGAUAGCAAAAAUGUUACAUGAUAAAGAUGAGGUCAAUCCAAGCUCAAGUGACAAUAGAUGUUUCUCUGCAAUUGGGAUUUAUGGCAUUUCAGGGUCUGGGAAGACAACCCUCGCACAACAUGUUUGCAAUGUGGGUGACAUUUUCAGGGAGAUGUUAGAGGCUGUAGAUAAGAAUUCAUGCCGUGCCUUCAGUGGACUUGAUAUGUUAGAAAACGAAUUGGAGAAUAAGCUGAAAGGCAAACGUUUUCUCUUGGUACUAGAUGAUAUUUGGUGCAAUAAGGAUGUCCAUGAACAGAAGCUAGCGAGGUUACUUUCUCCACUGAAUCUUGGAAAGCAAGGAAGCAAGAUCCUAGCGACAAGUCGAAAUGAAGAUGCAUUUUCAGAUCUAGGUUCUGGUGUGAAACGUAAAGUUUUUCCAAUACGUGCCUUGGAUGAUGAAGCUUUCUUGAAUCUGUUCAUGUAUUAUGCUCUUGAAGACGCAAAUGCAGAUGAUCCAGAUCAAAUAGAUCUCAAAACUAUUGGGGCUGAAAUUGCAAAGAAGCUGAAAGGAUCUCCUCUAGCAGCCAGCACAGUGGGAGGACAACUACGUGCAAGACAAAAAGAUGUUGAGUUUUGGAGAGAAGUUCGAGAUGGGGAUCUUGUGAAUGAGACGACAGGGGCACUGUGGUGGAGUUACCAGCAUCUUGAUGAGCAGGUCAGGCGAUGCUUUGCUUACUGCAGUAUUUUUCCCAGAAGACACCGGCUCAACCGUGAUGAGUUGGUUAAACUGUGGGUGGCAGAAGGGUUCAUACAAACUACUGAUGCAGAGAAGGACAUGGAAGCUGUUGGUCGGGAUUACUUUCACGAGUUACUGGCAACCUCAUUUGUGCAACCAGGAGGAUAUUACCAAGGGAGUGAUUGCUAUAUUGUCCAUGAUCUUAUGCAUGAUUUAGCGGAGAAGGUGGCAGGGAGUGAUUGCUUCAGAAUCGAGAAUGGCUUAAGAUCAAAGGUUCCUCGUCAUGUUCGCCAUCUUUAUGUUGCGAAUGCAGCAAUGGUUACCAAGGACAUUUUCGAACUGGAAAACCUACGCACUCUCAUUGUUGAUGAUACAGAGUGGCUUGCACCAGUUAACAAUAAAUUCUUUGAGAAAGUGUUCAAGAAACUGAAGAAAUUGCGGGUACUAGCUGUAGAAACCGCAUGGAAAGAUAAUUUCGAUCUGAAACUUCCUGAAAGUAUUGGUCAUUUAAAGCAUUUACGCUAUCUUGGUUUAGUGAUCUUCGAAGCAGGGCAUGUUUUUCCAAAAACAUUAGCCAAUCUUUACCAUUUGCAGGUGCUAAAGUUUUGUUAUUCAAGUGAUGUGCAAGUUUCCCCUGGUACAAAUAUGAGUAACCUCACCAACUUGCGGCAUAUUAUUGGCGAAAUGACAAUGCAUGUUCCGAACAUGGGCAGGAUAACAUCAUUACAAACAUUAGAAUGUUUUGGAGUAAAGAUGGGACAUGGGUAUGAGUUACACCAGCUGAGUAACCUAAACAAGCUUCGCGGUAAUCUGAAGAUCAACGGUCUUGAAAAUGUUGAAAGCAAGGAGGAAGCCGAGGAAGCAAAGCUGGUUGAUAAGGAAAGACUAACAGGACUGAAACUGCACUGGUAUAAUGAUCCGACUUGCCUAGAAGUUCAGGAAGAGGUACUUGAGGGUCUUUGCCCACCCAAGGGUCUUAAAAGUCUGGAAAUCUGGGGUUAUGAAAGUCAGAGAUACCCAAGUUGGAUGGUGGGUGAGCAGAAUGGCGGCCCGAAGAACCUACAUCAACUUCGGCUCUGCAGAUCCAAGGGACCUGCUCCUGAGAUUUUUAAUUUCUUCAUUCAUCUUCGUGAGCUCACCAUUUCGAGCUGCAGCUUGGACCACUUGCCAGACAAUAUGAAGGACCUUAGUUACCUGAAGCGCCUAAAGAUUUUGCGAUGUUUGCAUCUUAAAUCCCUUCCAGAACUUCCUGGGUCUCUUCAGAAGUUUAAAUUGAAGGACUGUGAUGAAAGUUUCAUGAGGUCGUGUGAAGAAAAAGAUCAUUCAAACUGGCAAAAGAUUCAGCAUGUUGAUGUGAAGGAUAUUGGUUUUAGGGGGGGUUCUACCCUAUAG